AUGGAGAAGGCCCAAAUACACAUUCAAGUCCGGGGUGGUGAACGUGGCGAGAAGAAAAAAUUGAAGCCCAACUGGGGGGAAACCUCAAAACCUGACACAAAGAAGAAAGAAAAAGGCAGCCAUAAACAAGUUCAACCCCCCCUCAAGAAGUCAGUUAUGGUUGAUGAUCAUGGGGAAGAUCCGAGAUACAACCGCAACAGGCGGGAGCCACAUGGAAUCCGUACACCUGAAGCAAAGCGAGACAAGUCACUUUGGUGUGAGUUUCACCACGAGUGCGGGUACACCACAAAGACCUAUAGGGAGCAGAAAAGGGCACUGGAUCACUUGGACGACAAGGGAACGCUGAAUGAUUACUUAAGGAAGAAUCCUCUCCCAAAAGCAAAAGACAAAGAAAAGGAGUCCCCUAGUGAUGAUACGGGAGACUACAUUGGAGUGAUAACCGAAGGCUUGACACCAGGCGGGUCUGUGAGCAAGGCAAAGGAUAGCUUAUGGGCACUUGAACAUCAAGUCCUAGAAGUGGCAUUGACUUCUCAAACAACCUCGGUGAUGACAUUUGGUGGGAGCACUUGCCGCCCGAUUCAAGAGUCCCAUGAUGAUCCCCUGGUCAUCGAGAUGAAAGUCGCUAACUCAACAGUAGGGCGGGUGUUAGUGGAUAGUGGAUCAUCCGCCGACAUCAUUACUCUAAAGUGUCUAGAAGGGCUCAAGUAUUCCAAAGAUGAUCUAAAAACCAUCUCCCAGCCACUCAUUGGGUUCGGAGGUUAA